UUCUCUACAUUUACACACAGUUGUUGCAGUUUUCUCUCGAGCCAAACACUGUUGAAAACGAUGAAGCUUUCUGGUUGUAAUUUACCUGGAAUUAUUGUGAUGGUCUUUGUUAUGCUAAGUUCAAGUUCAAUAUCUGCGAUUACAAACUUUAAUGUCCUAAACUUUGGGGCUAACCCGACUGGUGGAACCGAUUCGACGGACAGUUUCCUCAAGGCAUGGAAUGCAGCCUGUGGCACGGCAGACUCGACCUUCAUAUAUGUGCCCAAAGGACGGUAUUUGGUUGGUCCAUUGGCUUUUAAAGGCCAAUGCAAAAGCUCUCAGAUCAUUAUAAGAAUCGAUGGCACAAUUGUGGCUCCUUUGGAUUAUGGAGUGCUGGGAAAAUCGAAUAAUUGGUUCAGCUUUGAAGAUGUGAGCGGUGUUUCUAUAAUUGGUCGAGGUACAUUUGAUGCUAAAGGACCUUCUCUUUGGGCUUGCAAAGCUUCCAACUCCAACUCAUGUCCUUCCGGGGCCACGACACUGAGUUUUACCAAUUCCAACAACAUCAGGAUCAAUGGAUUAACAUCUUUAAAUAGCCAAAUGUUUCAUAUUGUGAUCAAUGGAUGCCAAAAUGUGCACCUCAAAGGAGUUAAGAUCAUCGCUGCUGGUAAUAGUCCCAAUACUGAUGGCAUCCAUGUCCAAUUAUCGAGAAAUGUGGAAAUUUUAAGCACUUCCAUUAAAACUGGAGAUGAUUGUAUCUCGAUUGGUCCUGGCACUGAAAAUUUAUGGAUUGAACAAAUCACUUGUGGUCCUGGUCAUGGCAUCAGCAUCGGAAGUUUGGCAAAGGAUUUGAAAGAGGAAGGAGUCCAAAAUGUUACAGUGAAAAAGACGGUUUUUUCCAACACUCAAAAUGGGUUGAGAAUCAAAUCAUGGGCUAGGCCUAGUAACGGAUAUGUUCAAGGGGUACGAUUUAUAGAUUCAGUGAUGAGAAAUGUUCAAAAUCCUAUUAUGAUCGAUCAAAAUUAUUGCCCUCGUAAUGAAAAUUGCCCGGGUCAGGUUUCGGGAAUAAAGAUUAAUGAUAUCGUGUAUGAAAAUAUAAGAGGAACAUCAUCGACACCCAUAGCUAUAAAAUUUGAUUGUAGUGACAAAAACCCGUGCACUGGAAUAAAAUUGCAGAAUGUGAAUUUGACAUAUCUGAACAAAGCAGCUCAAUCAUUUUGUAGCAAUGUGGUUGGAAAAGCAAUUGAUUUAGUUCGACCAAACAGUUGUUUGUAAAUAAUGGAUUCUAGAUUUAUUCUUUUGUUUAGUU